AUGGGUUCAACCGCUGAGAAUUCUCCCUUGACGAGGCUUUGUGCCCGUCGGUUGCACCGCAUCGCAACCGAGCCGCUCAAGCCCGAACUCAAAGAGAAAGCAAUUCUCGCACUCCUCGACUAUCUCAGUUCCGUAUCCGCAGGUCUCCAAGCGCCAUGGGCACCCCAGGUUACCAAAUACGCAAAGGCAAGAGGUACUGGCACCUCAUUCACUUGGGCUACCAAAGACAACGUCAGUGCAGAGACGGCGGCUUUCUGCAACGCUCUGCUCGCCCACAGUGCCAUCCGCGAUGAUAUGCACCUGCCUUCAAACUCCCACAUUGGCAGCAUGGUCAUCUCAGCCGCUUUAGCAGUCGGCCAACGAGAUGGCGUCUCCGGCGAGAAUACUCUUAAAGCUAUUAUUGCGGGAUACGAGAUGUCCGCCCUCCUUGGCUCCUCGUUUCAGCAGACCGAAGGUUACAACAAGCACAUCCGGCCGAGCGGCUCUUGCGGCGCUUUCGGGGCGGCGGCCGCUGCCAUCGUCGCCAAUUUCCAGGACUACUCCGAGGAUGUUGCAACAAAUGCACUGGCAUUCGCUGCCAACAUGGCAAGCGGCUUCAACCAAUGGGCUUGGACAGGCGGUGUCGAGAUCUAUACCGAAAUGGGCACUGCCGCUUCAUCAGGAAUCACAGCCUUUGAUGUUGCAAAAGCUGGGCUGCAGUGUAGCGAGGAUGUACUAGAGGGCAAGGCAGGUUUCUUCGCAGCCUUCGACGUGGGCAACACGGCCAAAACGAAGUUCCUGGAGUGGUUGUCCAGGAGUGAAAUUGGUCGAGGCCUGAUAGAAGUCACAUUCAAACCUGUCCCUGGCUGCAACUAUGCGCAGACGCCCAUCGCUGUUGCCAUGAAAGCAUCAGAAUCAUACCGAGAGAAGAAAUCAAAGGAUAGCAGCCUAAAGGUUGAAGAGAUCAUUGUUCGAUCGACCAGUGCCGCAAAGAAUUAUCCUGGCUGUGACAAUCCUGCCAAGAAGUUCGAUACCGUCCAGCAGACCAAAAUGAGUAUCCAAUUCGGAGUGAGUGCCAUCCUGCUGUACGGCGCUCCUUCAGAAGAGCUCUUCAAGCGUUUCGAUGACAGAGAGAUCACCGACCUGGUGGCCAAGUGCUCCGUGACGCCUCUUGACGAGUUCGACCAAGGCAUGAAAACCGAAAGGCGACAGCCUGCCAGUGUCGAGGUAAAAUUGUCCGAUGGCUCGAGUAUCAAGGAACAGCUUGACGACGUGCCAUGGGUCAAUGCUGCCGGUGUCAAGGAGAGGUUCAAAGCCGAGAUGCAGACUAUUACCAGUAAAGGAAAGGGCGAGGAUCUGAUGCAGUCGAUAAUUAGUCUCGAGAAGCAUACUGACUGCUCGAGAAUGUUGUCGUACUUCCAGAUAUGA